CCAGGUCGAUGGCGGGGUACCGCGCCAUGCUUCAAGCUAGCAAUGCUUCGGUGAGCUGUUUUCGACUGCGUGUCAACAGCGCUUAGUUGUACUCUGUUGUUGUAACGCUAGGACCGCACGAGGAGCGAUUCGUGUCAAACGUGUCCACACUUAACGCAUCCGCGAUGGACCCUUGAGCUUUGCUUUGGAUUCUGUGUCGACGGUUCUGACAACAUGAUGCAGGCAAAUCUUUCAAGAUGGAGAGACAGGAAAUGCCGCAGAGAGAGCGAGCAGAUUCGGUAGGUUUCAAGAGUGGCCCUCGGUUUUACUUUGAAAGUCGUUCUGGCGUCCCGUGCGCUUCCUGUGGCAGACAUGGGCAAGGUGUACUCGCAGCCAGCCUGUCAGUUGGCAUACGACGGCGACGUUCAGCAGCUGUUCGCCGCUGUGUCCCGCAACCCGAGCGACGUGGACACGCGGGAUGAUGUCACUGGCGACACGCCACUCAUCGCCGCCUGUCGCCGUGGUCACCUGAACGUAGUCACGUUCCUGUUGGAGAGCCACGCAGACGCGCGCACGCGCAACAAGUUGCAGAAGCGGCGGCGUAACGAGGCUCUGAUGAAGGCCGUUCUGGACAGCGACGUGGACGUCAAUGCGGCCGACUACAAAGGCAACACCGCUCUUCACUAUGUUUGUCUGAGGAAGCGACAGCAUUUAGUUCCUCUGCUGCUCCUCAGGGAUGCCGACCCUCUCGUCAAGAACCACGACGGUGAGUCGGCGCUGGACGUGGCCAUGAGGUUAAAGUUCAGCAAGGUGGUGAGGCUGCUGAGGAAGUCGCAAUGACGCACGCAAUGCCCGUCGGCCGGCGCCGCAUCUGGACUUGAGGGUGGAUUUGCUUGCCCCCCCCCCCCCCCCCCCACUGCGGUGUGAGGCGAUAACAGCAGUCUUGUCACUUGCUCCCAUUUUGCUCCUUGCAUUUCUGACUUUGUUCAAAUUUACAGCUUUCUUCCAAGGUUUUUCUGAUUCUCGUUCUUUUUGUUUAUUUUGGCCAGCUCACGGUCAUCAGCGGUGACACAAAGAUAAAGUUUGUCUUAAAAGCAA